UGCCAUCCUUUGCAGGCCCAAACAAUGGAGAUGAUGUACAGCAUUGUCGCGCAGCAACUCAAAAGCAUGGAACUUGAAGCUCACCCACAAGAUUACCUGAAUUUCUACUGUCUUGGUAACCGAGAAGAACUGCCAAAAAGUAGGGAGCAGCCAAGUGGUGAACCUUUGGAGAAAAGUUCAGCGGCUUCAUCCCAAAAGUUCCGGAGAUUCAUGGUGUAUGUUCAUGCAAAAGGGAUGAUAGUAGAUGAUGAAUAUGUUAUUUUGGGUUCCGCUAAUAUCAACCAAAGAUCUCUAGCUGGCUCCAGAGAUACCGAAAUAGCCAUGGGUGCUUACCAACCCCACUACACCUGGGCUGAGAAGAAGAAGCACCCACAUGGCCAGAUUUAUGGAUACAGAAAGUCGCUAUGGGCGGAGCACUUAGGCCUAGUGGACGACCGAUUCAACGAACCCAACAGUCUCGAUUGCGUGAGAUUUGUGAACCAAAUCGCCGAACAGAACUGGAAGAAUUAUGCGGCGGAGGACGCGAAGCCGUUGAGAGGUCAUCUUCUCAAGUACCCAGUGAAGGUGGAGGCUGAUGGUAAGGUUGGCCCCUUACCAGAGCAGGAAACCUUUCCUGAUGUUGGUGGUAAGGUUGUGGGAGCACUCACUUCUCUGCCUGAUAGUCUCACAACUUAGUUUUUCAGUGGUAAGUUUGAAUUUUCUUCAGGAUUUGGUUUGUCAAUAUUUUAUUUGUUUUAUUUGAGGGAA